GUGUUUGAUCAUAAACCACUUAAACUCCAGGCUCACUGGCAGGGGAAACUUUAGCGUGAAGUGCAACACUGGUUUCUCUCGGUGAGGGGAGCUUUCUUCUCUUUUUCUUUCUCCCUCCGUGAACACUGAAGACUGUAGCAGCGCUCCCUUCUUUUUAAUUUCUCUGUGGACUUGUGUGAAGCUCAUCAAAUUUUUCUGAGUAUAUUCAACGGCAUUGGGAGAUGCCCUUCAACAGAGUUGUGGAAAAGAGCAGAAUAAAACAGACAGCAGAGAUGAAGCACGCCUUGGAGAUGGACUAAGACAACCCUGAGGUCCUGGUAAGCAGUUUCUUCUCUGAAUUCUCUGAGCACUUCACAGUAUUAACAAGUCUCUCACAGCAAUGGAUUGUCUGUGAAGUCAAAACCAGUUUGGCUCUUCUAGAAGAUCUUGCAUCAUUAACUUAAACUCUCAGUGUGGAGUAAAAAUGGCUGUCUAGAGCAAAAUGUGUCAGAUGGAAAAAUUUUGGAGGAGAAAGUAUUGAACCAGUUGAACAAAGCUUUGAAGCAUUGAAAUCUGCAGAAAUCGUCAAGCCCUGAGAAGUCUAAUCAUGAAUUCUGGAGUUGCUAUGAAAUAUGGAAAUGACUCCCCUGCAGAGCUGAGUGAGCUUCAUUUAGCAGCCCUGGCUUCAUUAAAGGGAGACAUAGUGGAGCUUAAUAAAUGUCUACAACAAACAGAAAAGGAACGUGACCUGUUGGAAAAGAAACUGGCUAAAGCACAGUGUGAGCAAUCCCACCUGAUGAGAGAGCAUGAAGAUGUGCAGGAGCGAACAACGCUGCGCUACGAGGAACGCAUCACAGAGCUGCACAGUAUCAUUGCUGAACUGAACAAGAAAAUCGAUCGACUACAGGGAACAACAAUAAGGGAGGAGGAUGAGUACUCAGAGCUGCGGUCGGAGCUCAGCCAGAGCCAGCAGGAGGUCAACGAGGACUCGCGCAGCGCGGACCAGAAUUCCGUUUCAGUACCAGAGAAUCAGUCCACCAUGGUCACUGCAGAUAUGGAUAACUGUAGUGACUUGAAUUCAGAACUGCAAAGAGUGCUGACAGGUCUGGAAAAUGUUGUCUGUGGACGGAAGAAAAGCAGCUGCAGUUUGUCAGUAGCAGAAGUGGACAGGCACAUUGAACAGCUCACUACUGCCAGCGAACACUGUGAUUUAGCCAUUAAGACUGUAGAAGAGAUUGAGGGCGUACUGGGACAUGACCUUUACCCAAACCUGUCAGAGGAGAGGUCUCGAUGGGAGAAGGAGCUCGCUGGCCUACGAGAAGAGAAUGAAAGCCUCACAGCCAUGCUGUGCAACAAAGAGGAGGAGCUCAACAGGACCAAGGCCACCAUGAACGCUGUCCGUGAGGAGAGGGACAGGCUGCGCAGAAGGGUUCGAGAGCUGCAGACACGUUUACAGAGCGUGCAGGCAACGGGCCCAUCCAGCCCCAGCCGUCUCACUUCUGCCAAUCGACCCAUCAACCCCAGCACGGGAGAGCUGAGCACCAGCAGCAGCAGCAACGACAUUCCCAUUGCCAAGAUUGCUGAAAGAGUGAAGUUGUCAAAGACAAGAUCAGAGUCUUCAUCAUCUGAUAGACCUGUCUUAGGAUCAGAAAUCAGCAGCAUAGGGGUGUCUAGUACUGUGGCUGAACAUUUGGCACAUUCCCUCCAAGACUGCUCAAACAUCCAGGAAAUCUUCCAGACUCUCUAUUCACAUGGAUCUGCUAUCUCUGAAAGUAAAAUUCGAGAAUUUGAAGUGGAGACAGAGAGAUUAAAUAGCCGUAUUGAACACCUGAAAUCCCAGAAUGACUUACUGACAAUAACACUGGAAGAGUGCAAGAGCAAUGCUGAGAGGAUGAGCAUGCUUGUUGGGAAGUAUGAGUCCAACGCCACGGCCCUCAGGCUGGCAUUGCAGUACAGUGAACAAUGCAUAGAAGCGUAUGAACUGCUGUUGGCAUUGGCAGAAAGUGAGCAGAGUCUUAUUCUUGGGCAGUUCAGAGCUGCAGGUGUUGGUUCUGUUGGAGACCAGACAGGUGAUGAAAACAUCACACAGAUGCUUAAGAGAGCUCAUGACUGCAGGAAGACAGCUGAGAAUGCAGCAAAAGCCUUGCUAAUGAAACUAGAUGGGAGCUGCGGGGGAGCCUAUGCAGUCACUGGCUGCAGUGUGCAGCCCUGGGAAAGCCUCUCAUCCAACAGCCACACAAGUACCACCAGCUCAACUGCAAGCAGCUGUGAUACGGAAUUUACAAAGGAGGAUGAGCAGCGGCUGAAGGAUUACAUCCAGCAGUUGAAAAAUGACAGGGCAGCAGUGAAACUGACAAUGCUGGAGCUGGAAAGCAUCCACAUUGAUCCUCUUAGUUAUGACGUUAAGCCACGCGGAGACAGCCAGAGGCUAGACCUGGAAAAUGCAGUCCUGAUGCAGGAACUUAUGGCAAUGAAGGUAUAUAGUCCCAUGAGCAGCAUGCUGAUAAUGUUUCUUCAACAGGAGGAGAUGGCAGAGCUCAAGGCACAGCUUUACCUGCUAGAGAAGGAGAAGAAGGCAUUGGAAUUGAAACUGAGCACUCGAGAGGCCCAGGAGCAGGCCUACCUCGUCCACAUUGAGCACUUGAAAUCUGAAGUGGAAGAACAAAAAGAGCAGAGAAUGAGGUCUCUCAGCUCAACCAGCAGUGGAAGCAAAGACAAACUGGGCAAGGAAUGCAGUGAUGGCACCGCAGCACCAUUAACUCUUGCUGAGCUGAGACCAUACACCGAGAGUGAACUGACUGCUGAGCUGACAAACGCACUCAGGAGGGAGAAGAAACUGAAGGCUAGAGUGCAGGAGUUAGUGAGUGCUUUGGAGAGGCUCACGAAGAGCAGUGAGAUCAGACAUCAGCAGUCAGCAGAAUUUGUUAAUGACCUUAAAAGGGCAAACAGCAACUUGGUAGCAGCUUAUGAAAAAGCAAAGAAAAAGCAUCAAAAUAAGCUGAAGAAACUGGAAUCACAAAUGAUGGCCAUGGUGGAGAGACAUGAAACACAAGUGAGGAUGCUCAAACAAAGAAUAGCUUUACUGGAAGAAGAGAACUCCAGACCACACACCAAUGAAACUUCACUUUAAAUGCAUCUCUUUAAAGGAUGCUUAGUGCCAUUACAACUUUCUUGCUUUUGGAGGCUGACUUUUAGGGAGCUUCAAACGCUAAAAGCUCUGACUGUCAAUGCUGACACACUUAAAGCACCUUCUCUGGGAUCCUAGAGAGGUGUCAUGGGGAUAAUAAAAAUGUUAACCUUAAGAACUGUUUCAUAAUGUAAAAAUGGCAGUGCCUGAAUUAUCAUGCUAUAGUUAUGUACAUUGUCUGUGUCGUUAUGUCUGUAUUCAUACAGCUUCUCUUCCAUUUGAUAUACGUCCCGCGGGUGACAGUGACACAUAGCAAAAUAAUUAAUUUUAAGAGGUUUUCAUUUCGGUCAUUUGGAGAUCAUUUGAGAGUUUUCCCAAUCCCUGAGCUCCCUCUGCACACAAGUCCAUAUUGUACCCUCAAGAAAGACUUGUUGUUGUGGUUAAGCCAACCAAAUGGGUAGCUGCGAGAGGGGAGAUGACAGGCUGCCUUGCUUUUUUGCACCCUAUUUGCAAUACUGCUGCUCACAGGUGGGAAAAUUCCUGUUGAUUUGGAAAAAAACCCAAGAAACUCUCAGAGUUGCAUCUCUGAGAACCAUGAUGAUGGUGUAUUUCUUACAGUUUGUAAGAGGGCUAAAGGCUGUGAGUUUCACCACACCACAUAGAUGGUCUGAGCCAAGGGUGGGUAAGAAAUGAUAGGAGACCCUCUGGUAUUUAUAUUACAUGGUGUUUGCAACUACUUUGUAGAAGAGUUGGUUUUUCUUGCUAACACAUUAUAGCCAAGGUUUUCUCUAAGAAGCUGGGCCAUUUUUGUCACAUGUAUAGUGCUUAUUACAGCUUACUGUGAUCAAGAGGUAGAAUGUCUUUUUUUAAUACUUUUUUUUGACCCAAAAAGGUACUUAUUAGGAAUGUACCUGUUUAAUAUUGAAUACGUAGGCACAAAACUAUAAAUGUGUAGAUGUAUGGAUAUCCUGUCACAAACAGAAUGUGAAUGGUAAAGUCUUCUUACAGCUUCUUAGGUUAGUUUUUAUUACUGCUAACAUUUUCGUCUUUCGUUUAAGUCACAUCAUAUUGCUGUAUUAUCAGACUGACUGAAUGGCAAAUGUUGCCCUAUUAUAUUAAUGAACAUUAAGCAAAUCAUGGGGAUAAGGUUGAUUUCUGUUGGGGUCAAAAUACAGGAGUCUACCAUAGCACCUGUUACGUUCAGAUUCUUCUUCCUUUUGACAGAGUACGUAAAAGAGCUUCCAUGUGUGUUUUAACAUGGCAAACUAGAGUCAAUUCACUGUGCUAACCUGCUAGUAUGUUACACCUCUGCUUUGCUUUUUUCAGGCUUAUUUCCUAGGGAAUCUUAUUUCAAGAGUCAUUCAUCCUUUUUGCUUUACAUGUUGAGUGAGUUGCACCUCCAGUUUUACAAGUGUAUUUAGAAUUAUGAUAACUUCUCUCACUUAUUCCUCCCAUUUCUAGUACUAAGGAAAUAUUUUUAGACGACUUUAACUGUUUUUGUCUACUGUUGGGUUAGGCCAGGCAGCCAAAAUAUGGGAAUUUGUGUUCAGAGUAUGGCAUUAUUGUUACACCUUGGUUGCAUCUGCAACUGUAGCAGUUGGUGUUCAUCUCUUUCUACUGUAGCUGCUGUUGUCUUCUUUCCGUAGAGUAGUCAUUCCUACUUCCCUAGAGCCUGAUACUUCAUCUACAAAGCCAGCAUGACUGAUUGCAACAGCAAGUUAAAACAAUGCUGAUUUCAAAAUUUUUAGUUAGUAACAUUCUGGGAUUGGUUUUGAUCAGUCCUCUUUCUCAAGCUAAUUGCACUUAAUUUACAAUGUGAAUGGAAAUUUUUGCAAACCAGUCUGUUGAGGGAGGAGGCACAUUGAUUUUUGCUGCCUUUAUGCUGUUGCUUGGCAGCUUUCUGUGGCAUUUCCCUUUUUUGGCUAAGUUUCUCACCAACAGGAAUGUGGGGUUUUGCCAUAAGCUUCAGUUGUAGCUGAGCACACUUGUUUCAGAAGAAACACAAAGGAAAAUAUCCACUAUGUACUGUGGUAAAAAUGCAGUUACACUUUUGUCUUCUGGCAUCUGAAACACCCAUCUGAUUUGAGGUAAUCUCAAAAUGUCCAUGUGAAAUACCUUUCAAUGAAGAGGACUAGAAAAAACUACUGCAUUGGAUUGCCUCUUAGGUUCUUUUUUUUUUUUUCUAUUUAGAAUAACAGAAUCACACAAUGAUUUGGAAGGGACCUUAAAAGAUCAU